AUGGCGCCGCAACGCGCCUUGCCUCUCGCAGGAGGCGCGGCGACUCCACUGCCUGAGCGCCUUGGUGUCAUGGACGCUCCAAGUCGAUACGCCGGUGGUGUUGAGGGCGACGAGACCAGCAUUGGCGUCGGCGGUACUAUGGCCGUCGCCCGUGCCGGUCCCCGCAACGGUCUCAACCGUCGCAGCAGCAGGCGUGCGGCGUUGUCGCUGGUGGUGGCGCCUCUGGCGACGUGCUCCGCGUCGACACUCUCCGGCUACACGUCGUCCGUCGCCCUCGGAUCACUCAUGAAGCUGCACUGGCAGGUGACGAGCGGCUCCACCAUCCAGCUGGCAGUCACGGCGUCAGGCGCCGCCAUCACGGGGUGGUUCGGCAUGGGCUUCGGAACAGCGCUCAAGAUGUUCCCCGCGGACUGCGUGAUUGGCAACCAGGCGGCCACGCCCAUUCCUGUGGGCACCUACAACUCCUCCAGCUACUCCUCCGUCAAGCUCACCACCGCCUUCACCAUUGGCAGCAAGGCCUAUACCACCUCCGGGACCACCGCCACCAUGACCUUCACGCGUACCACCGGGGAUGGUGGCGCGGCGCCCGUGCUCGUCAGGGGCGUCAACAACAUCAUCUGGGCCUACAGCGGCUCCUCCACCACCGUCGGCAGCCACAGUACUAGUCACAGCCGACUUCUCCUGCAAUGGCAGCCACUCCACCUCCGCCCCCCCCUCUCCUCCGCCACUCCUUCCCCUCCGCCGCCCCCUAGACCCCCACCCCCACCUUCACCUCCGCCUCCGCCUUCACCUCCGCCCCCGCCCUCGCCUCCGCCUCCCCCUUCACCCCCGCCCUCCCUCUCCCCUCCUCCCUCUCCUCCUCCCUCUCCCCCUCCUCCCUCUCCUCCUCCCUCUCCGUCCGCCUCCUCCCUCUCCCCCCACUGGCGGAACUGUACCAACCACCAGCGUCUCUCCCCCUCCUCCGCUCACCACCUCCCUCCUCCUCUCAGCGCCUCCCCUCCUCCCUCUCCGCCCCCAUCUCCCCCUCCUCCCUCUCCGCCCCCUCUCCCCCUCCUCCUCUCCUCCCCUCCUCCGCCCCCCUCUCCCCCUCCUCCCUCUCCGCCUCCCUCCCCCCCCUCCGCCCUCCGCUCCCUCUCUCGCCUCCCUCUCCUCCCUCCCCCCUCCUCCCUCUCCGCCCCCCUCUCCCCCUCCUCCCUCUCCGCGCCCUCCCCCCUCUCCCUCCCCCUCCCCGCCUCCUCCCCCCCUCCUCCCUCCCCGCCUCCCUCUCCCCCUCCUCCCUCUCCUCCGCCUCCCUCCUCCCUCUCCCCCCCUCCUCCCUCUCCUCCUCCCUCUCCUCCCUCUCCCCCUCCUCCCUCUCCGCCUCCCUCUCCUCCCUCCCCGCCCCCUCCCUCUCCCCCCACUGGCGGAACUGUACCAAUCACCAGCGUCUCUCCCCCUCCUGUCUCCUCCCCUCCCCCUCCUGUCUCCUCCCCUCCCCCUCCUGUCUCCUCCCCUCCCCCUCCUGACUCCUCCCCUCCCCCUCCUGUCUCCUCCCCUCCCCCUCCUGUCUCCUCCCCUCCCCCUCCUGUCUCCUCCCCUCCCCCUCCUGUCUCCUCCCCUCCCCCUCUUGUCUCAUCCCCUCCUCCUCCUGUCUCCUCCCCUCCUCCGCUCCCGCCUCCCCCCCUCCUCCCCCAUCAUCACACCCCCUCCCCCGUCUGCAUACGCCUCGGUCCUGCUACCUACUUCCCACCUUGCUCCUCUCUGUCAUCCCCACCAACAUCCCAACCUACCUUGCUGCUCUAUCCUCAUCCCCUCAUCCCUCCUCCCAUCACCCUCACUCCUCCUCCAACGGUUCCUCAUCCUGCACUGGGACCCCCCGUAUCUGCUAACAAGGUGGACAUGGCAAUCGAGGCCAAGGCAGCAGGCAAGGCCAGGGCAGGGUGGAUAUCCGUGGGGUGGCCUACCAAGGCAGCCAUGGUGCCAGCCGAUGCUGUCAUUGGCAACCUGCCUGGGGGCAAGGUCGCAACAUACGCUCUCAAGGGAUACCGCUCCUCUAAGCUCGUUCCCUCUACGGCGUUCAAGAUUGAAAACGCGUCCACCACCAGAAUGGCUGAUAACUCCACUAUAAUCAGGUUCUCGCGCAUCAAGGGCACGGGCGGGGUGGCCAAGUUUGCUCCGGCGGCAGUGUCGAAGCUCAUCUGGGCCUUCUCCUCCACCGGCAGCACAAGGCUCAACUUCCACGACAACAACUUUGGAACUGCCAAGGUGGACUUUUCCUGCCGCACGGCACCAUCCAGUGAACCCAGUCCGGAUAUGGAGGCAGAGGACGUCUAG